UGUUGUUAACUCGGCUAUAAUCGCGUAAGCGGUGUCUACGCCAAUCAAGAAGAAGAAUUUGCCGACGAAACCUUCGGAGAAAAGUUUGAUUACAGAACUCUAUAGAUGUUUCUCAUUGACAAAAGAAUUUUAAAUUUACGUUCACAAUAAUAUUAUUUCUACUAUAGAAAUACAAUUAGGCAACUCUGUCUAACAUCAGCUGUUAAACUGUGAUAUUUAGCCGGCUCACCUAAUAAACAAACAAGAAAAUCAUGUGAAAACAAAAGACAAUUUGAUGACGUCACUUAUAAUGGCAAAUUUCAGACGCGACACAUGUAUACAUAUAUGUAUGCUCCAACAAUGCUGAGCUACUGAGCCACUCGCGCGCUCAUUAAACAAAGCAAACGCUCUCCACACACAUAUAUAACCGAGAUAUAUAUGUAAAUGUAUAGGUAAAAUGCUCCAAAGUACCAGUGGCGACAGUCUCAUUUCUUUCAUUCUUUCUAAACAAACCGAAGCUAGAGAGUUUGUUAUACUCGUAAUAUGCUUUAGAUAGUCAGUGAGACGGCAGUGCGCCGGUUGCAUCGACAGCUUGGAGCCAAAUAGACUGUGAAGCAGCCCGUGUGGACCUACAUUAUACGAAAUAAUUAUAUAUUUGUGAAAACAUAUCUAUAAUAUAUAUAUUGUGUGUUUUAAAAUAGUCAAGAAUAAAUGCGUAGAUAAGAGUGAACUACGGUUAUAAGUUAUUUUCUCAAAAAGCUUAAGUGAACAUAAAAAUAUAUUGGAAUAUACAUUGGCAUAUAUAAACAAAACAAAAAAAUAUAUAUAUAUAUAGAAUGAAUAUUUAUAGUGCCGCGUUGCGUUAAAUUGUUACGUCUGUCAAUUGUGUAGAAUGUGAUGCCUUCGCGUAACUCAUUGAUACAUGUGAAAAUAAAUUUAUGUAUUUAAUUAAAGUCAAUUUGUUUACGCGCAAUAAAAUCUUUAAUAAAUACAAGAACAAUGCCAUCGGAGUGUAUUUUCGAAUUCGAUCGGCCCCAACCGGUUUACUACAGCGGAGAAAUAAUUAACGGACGCAUUAACUUGCAUACAACCAGCGAGAAGAGCGUUCGAGAGGUCUACAUACUCUUUGUGGGCGAGGCGAAGGUCCGCUGGGAAGAGAGCCGUACACGCUCUAGGGAUGGCAAAACCGAGCACUAUAAUGAAUAUUAUCGCGCUGAUGAAACUUAUCUACACUCGAGAACUUGCGUACAUGGCGACGGUACGCUACAACCCGGCACCUAUACUUACACCUUUUGCAUACCAUUACCACUGGAGUGUCCGACAUCGUGUGUGGAGAAAUAUGGCAAAAUUGCAUACGAACUCUCGCUGGUAUUGAAUCGACCAUAUCGGUUCGAUAAUGUAUUCAAAAAACCGCUAACGGUUUUAUAUCAGGUGAAUUUGAACAUGCAACCCGAGUUAUUGAUACCGAUUAAAAGUGAGGACAUUAAAUACUUUUGCUGCUGGCCAUGCUCUUCCGGCCCAGUGAUAUCAACGCUUACCAUACCAUUUGGCGGUUAUGCGCCCGGCCAGAGAAUCAAAUAUCAACUCGAAAUAGACAAUCAAUCGACCGGCUAUGACUUAGCUGAUGGCAUCGAAUUAAAACUGACACAGAUUUACAGUUUUGAAGCACAUACGCCGCAUAGAAAGACGCGCUAUCACAGCAAUACAUUGGCACUCACCGAACAGAGUAUGCAAUGCUUGCGACUGUCUAAGCGAUUGAUUGACGGCACACUUCUUAUACCGCCUGUGCCGCCUACCUCGAAUCGAAAUUACAUUAUUGGUGUACGUUAUGAGAUUAAGAUGUCCAUAAACACCGGUUGCUGUCACACAGACUCCGAAAUAGUUAUACCCAUAACAAUUGGAACAGUGCCUUUGGCGCAGAGCGCCACCAAUCCACAGAAUGCAAUCGGUUUGCUGCCGACAGCGCCAGCAAUUCCUGAUACACCGGGCAAACCGCCUGGCAGUGAUGCGCCACCAAAUUACGAAAAAUUCAAGCCACCGUCCUUCGACGAGGCUACCACCAUUGGUGGAAAGUUUAUUGAUCGCGAUGUCGAUGAGCGUAAUCGCACCGAUGAAUUCAUACCUCGAUAUCCGAUGUACACGAAUUUCGCCGUGCCCACAGCACCGUCUGGCGUAGGUGGUGAUGAGGCCGAUGCCCCACUGCUGGUAUCGCCUACUGCGGCUUCAACGCACACUGCGCCACCACCUUAUCAGCAGGAAAGUGAACAGUCUAGUGAACCGGCCACACGCGGCACAACUGGCUACGGUUGGAAUAGUUGAAGCCGUGCAGUCACUUCUCUAAUAUGUUAAAUGUGAUUUUAAGCGUGCACAUUUCCUAUUCCAAGCCAUAUAUGAAUUAAAGCGUUGUGGUUACUAUAAAGCUUACCGUUUCGCUAUGAUAUUCAAAUCGAUUUUGCAAACUAUUUGUACAUAAACUUGCUUAAGACAUCAAUAAACCAGCUUCUGUAAUAUACAAGUAUAAACUCAAAAA